AGGGCGUGAUAAGCGACGCGAGUUUUAAGUCGACGCCGACCCAGCGUUCGACGCGCGGAAACCGAGCAGUUACUCCGCGCCUCUUUUUUGCGGCGGGAGCAGGGCGCUGACGAGGCAAGAGCGCCACCGCCCCACCAUCGAUGGGCGCUUACCUGAGCCAGCCGAUAACGGACAAGGAGAGCACCGACGGCGAGGAUGCCAAGUUUAAAUACGGGACGACCGCGAUGCAGGGCUGGCGCACCAACAUGGAGGAUGCUCACUCGACCGUCUUAGGACUAGACGAGGACACCGCCUUCUUCGGCGUAUACGACGGCCACGGCGGCAAGGAGGUGGCCGUGUACAUAUCCCGGCAUCUUCACGAGGUGUUUAAGGAGUGCGAGUCGUACAAGCGCGGCGACAUCCCCCAAGGUCUGAUCGACGCCUUCCUCGCCAUGGACACCAACAUGCUGCACGUCAGCGGCAAAGACGAGCUCAACGAGCUCGCCGGCAAGUCCGACGGAGGUCGGGGCGGCGCCGACCUCUCCUCCAAGAUGCGUCAGGCCAUCUUGGCGCGCGCCCGAGCCAACGGCGACGACGUCGACUUCGAGGACGACCUCGACGACGAAGGGCCGUGGGAGGGUCCCCAGGCGGGAUCCACCUGCGUCGUCGCGGUUGUGCGGGGCGACAAGCUCGUCGUGGCAAACGCCGGGGACUCUCGCGCGGUUCUGUCGCGCAGGGGCGAGGCGUUGGCGCUGUCCCGGGACCACAAGCCCAUGGAUGACGACGAGCGCGCGAGGAUCGUGAACGCCGGAGGGUUCGUCCAGGAGGGACGGGUCAACGGGUCGCUCGCGCUGUCCAGGGCCAUCGGCGAUCUCGAGUACAAGCAGUCCAAGAAUCUCCCCGCCAAGGACCAGAUUGUCACGGCGUAUCCGGAGAUUCGCGAGUGCGUCAUCGAGCCCGGGGACGAGUUCAUGGUCAUCGCGUGCGACGGCAUCUGGGACGUGCUCACGUCCCAGCAGUGCGUGGAUUACGUCCGCGCGAGGCUAGACGCCGACGUCCAGCUGUCCAAGAUUUGCGAGGAGCUCGCCGACGAGUGCAUGGCGCCGGACACCAAGGGCAGCGGCAUCGGGUGCGACAACAUGAGCGUGGUCAUCGUGCUGCUCAAGGAUACCGCAUUCGUGCCCGGGGCGGACGGUAAGCCGACGCUGCGUCCGCGGAGCGCCUUUUAGCGCGUAAAAUACGCUGAUGGGGAGGCCGCGAGGACCGAAGGGACCGCGGGACCGCACGUGUUGUACCAUUUCACAAGUAACCGACCGAGUUGUACCGAGGGAAGGUAGUUUUUUCGAGACUGAGAGAGAGGGUGGGAGUAAAUGGCGGCGCCGACGAACGCGCGAAGCGAAGCGAUUGUGUUCGUGAAAUCACGUCUGUUUAUAAAACACACACAAAACAAGCCG